CCGCAGACCGAGGGCCGAGGAGAAGAAAUGGCUGAUGCUCAGAUCUCGUUGUGUGGAAGCCAAACCUGGUCCUCUUUUUGGAGCAAGAGAAGGAGCUCUGGGAUAUGAAGAGAAAGAAGAGAGUAGCCUUCCACCCAGGUCUUGCUGUCUGUAGUCUGGAUCUGGUCAACUUCUUUGGAAAAGUAAAGAACCCAGCACAUGAAGAGAAAGGAGACAGUAGCCACACACCCAGCUGUGAUUUCUCCAUGAAUCUCUUCUGACAAAGAAAUCUAGAGGACAAGGUGAAAGAAGAAGAAAUGGCCAGUUCUCAGGGACUGCUGACAUUCAGGGAUGUGGCCAUAGAAUUCUCCCAGGAGGAGUGGGGAUGCCUGAACCACACUCAGCGGGAAUUGUACAGGGAUGUGAUGUUAGAGAACUACGGACACCUCCUCUUCCUGGGUCUUAUUGUGUGGAAGCCAGACCUGGUCAUCUUUUUGGAGCAAGAGAAGCAGCUCUGGGAUGUGAAGAGAAAGGAAACAGUAGCCAUCCAUCCAGCUGUAUCUUCACAUGGCACCCAGAGUUUCCUGCCAAAGCUGUGCAUAGAAGCUUCUUUCCAAAACGUGGCAGUGGGUAGAUAUAAACAUAGUGCCCUUGACAAUUUACACUUAAUGAUAGACUGGAAAAAUGAUGGGGAGAGUGAAGGGCAUGAAAGAUAUCAUGAAGGACAUAUCCAAACUGAGACAACUGUCCAUAAUACGAAUCUCACUACCCCAAAUGAUGAAGGAUAUAAAACACUUUGGAAAACAUCCCUUCUUAAUCCUGCUUCUUCUGCAAAGCAGUUUGUUUCUCUAAGCAAGGGCUUAAAUCAAAUGGUCAAACAUACGUAUCUGGAGAACGAAAAGUUGGAAAAUCUGGAAAGUUAUCUAGUUCAUGCUGAAAAUAAUUAUUUGAACCAUUUUGAAAGUAGGAUUGGAUUGACAUUUGAGUCAAAUAUUUCUGAAAAUCAGAGAUUUAAAAAUGAAGAACAAAGUGCUAUGUGGGAUCCAUUUGAGAGGUCCUUCACCAAGGAGUUGACUCUACAAAAUUACCAGAACAUAUUCAAUGAAAACAGAAUUGCUCAAUGUAGCGAAUCUGCAAAAAAAUUUAACCAGUGUUCAAAUGUUUAUAAACCUGUGAGGACUCAUUUUCCAGAGAACCAUUUUAAUUUUGAUAAAUUUGAGGAAGUCUUUUAUCAAAGCUCCAACCUUAUUAUAUAUAAGAGUAUCCCUUUGGGAGAGAAUCCUUAUAAAUAUAAUGAAUAUGGGAAAUCUGUUAACCAGUCCUCCAAUGUUGGUGAUUAUCAGAGAAUUCACAUGGAAAAAAACUCAUACAGAUGUAAUAAACCUGGGGACAUGUUUAGCCAAGCAUCAGGACUAAACAUACAUAACACAGCCGUUACUGGACAGAAAACUUACAUUUGUGAAGAAUGUGGCAAAGCCUUUGACUGGCACUCAACACUAUCUCAACAUCAACCAAUGCCUACUAGAGAGAAACCUUACCAAUGUAAAGAAUGUGGCAAGGCCUUUAACCAGCUCUCAAUGCUUACUCGACAUCAGAGAAUUCAUACUGGAGAGAAACCUUACCAAUGUGAAGAAUGUGGCAAGGCCUUCAACCAGCACUCAAACCUUACUCAGCAUCACAGAAUUCAUACUGGAGAGAAACCAUACAAAUGUAAAGAAUGUGGCCAGGCCUUUAACCAUCACUCAAGCCUCACUCAACAUCACAGAAUUCACAGUGGUGAAAAACCUUACAUAUGUAAAGAAUGUGGCAAGGCCUUUAACCUGCAUUCAAACCUUACUCAACAUCACAGAAUUCAUACUGGAGAGAAACCUUACAUAUGUAAAGAAUGUGGCAAGGCCUUUAACCGGCACUCAUACCUUAUUCGACAUCACAGAAUUCAUACUGGAGAGAGACCUUACCAAUGUAAAGAAUGUGGCAAGGCCUUUAACCAGCACUCAAAGCUUACCGAACAUCACAGAAUUCAUACUGGAGAGAGACCUUUCGUAUGCAAAGAAUGUGGAAAGGCCUUUAACCGGCACUCACACCUGACUCGACAUCACAGAAUUCAUACUGGAGAGAGACCUUACAUAUGUAAGGAAUGUGGCCAUGCCUUUAUCCAGCACUCACACCUGCGUCAACAUCACAGAACUCAUACUUGAUGAUGGAAACCAUACCUAAGUAAAGAAUAUGGGAAGGCGUUUAAUCACUGUUCAACCUUUACUCAUUACCACAGAAUUCAUAGUAGAACAAACAUUACAAAUGUAAAAGAAUGUGAGAAGACAUUUAAAGACUACUCACCCCUUACUCCACAUCAGAGAAUUCAUAGUGGAGAGGAGUCAUAAAGUUGUUAAGAAUGUGGCAAGGCCUUUAAGCAAUGUUAAACCCUGAUUCCUGAUCAGAGAAUGUAUGCUGGAGUGGAUUUUGCAAAUACAAAGAAUUUGGCAUUGCCUUUAAUAAGAGGUCAAGCCUCAUUCAACAUCACAGAAUUCAUACUGGGGAAAAAGUUAGAAAUGUAAAGAACAUGGGAAACUUUUAAACUGCUCAACCCUUUUCUGUAUCUCAGAGUUUAUACUGAGGAGAAAGAGUGCUCACUUCGGCAGCACAUUUACUGAGGAGAAAGAUUACAAUAUAAGGAGUGUCGCAAGCCUCUAGAUGGAAUUCACAAAUUGCUCAACAUCUUAGUUAUCAUACAGGAUAGAAACUGUAAAAUGCAGACAAAGUUGCAGUGCCUUUAACUGGAAUUCAGUCUAUACUCAGUAUCCCAAAAUGCAUCCUAGAUUCAAACCCUAGAAACAUAAUGAAUGAGGAAAGACCUUCAUUUUAAAUAUUCACUGUAGCAAACACCAGAGAGUACAUAAAUGAGAGUAACUUGAAAGAUGUAAAUAUUUAGAAAUGUAUGUAAGUGAACAUCAAAUGUCAGUAUCACAGAAAUCAAGUAGAAGGCAGUAUAGGAAUUAAUCUAUUCAGAUGUUACAUAAAAAUAUUCCUUAUAAGGAAUAAUAUAAAGUUAAACACUUAGUCUAUGUGCUAUUAUGCUUCAAAGGUUUAAGUGGAUGGAUUUUUACAUAAGUAUAAUUAAUUUCAAUAUGUGCUUUUUUUUUCAUUGAUCCUAUCUGGGAUUUGUGACUAGCAAAUAUUAAUGUAUUUGUACUCUCAAAUCAUUUCAUGAAAUUCAUUUAUUCCUAGUGGGUGUGUGAAGUAUGUGGCUGAUUGUCACUGUAUCAAAGAUACGAGAUGCCCUUCUUCAUUUGUUGGGACUCACAUAUCUAAUUGUCCAUGGAAGAAGAAGGGCAAUAUAAUAUACAAUAUAUGAAGAAAAUCUAAAUGGAGAUGCUUUUUGCGGUUAUAACAUUAAUGUCAGUGUUCAUGAAAGAGGUGUUCAGAACAACAUUCUUCUUUUAUUAAAGCUAAAGAACUUCCUGGAUAUUAUAAAUAAAAUAUUUUACCAUCUGGUUAUUGAGGAAAAAGAGGUGGCAGUCCAGUAAAAUACUGAUGUAUCCUUAUAAAGCUAUUGUUACAAGUAGAGAAUGUCGGUUGAUGUGGUUGAAAUGAAGAGAUCUCCACAGAUAUUAGAAAGAGGACAGCUAAUUCUUCCCUAAAAUGGUAUAUAAUUAUAUGUACACAAAUUAUAUACCAAUUUUUUAAGAAUGACCUCAUGCCUGAAAAUUAUGGAAAUCACUACUUCCACAUCAUUAUAUCCGCAUAUGAGUGCUUUUUAACAUUUGGAUUCUGUAUUUUGAAUAAGGAUCGGAGUGCAUUUGAAAUUCAUAACUUAGUUCAUGUGUGGUCUUAAUAAAACAAUAAUUGAUUUUUAAUGUAUUACCAUGGAUGAGUAAUGAAUGAAGUGUUAUCCUACCACCAAUGUUAACCUAUCUAAAGGUUGUAGGUAACUGAUGGAAUCUCACAUAUUUGGUAAUGGAGUUGAAUAAUAUACCUAGUCAUCCAUUUUUUAAUUGUCCUUAACGUUUAAAUAAUGUGUGAUUAUUUUUACCCUAGUUUAUCUAUUGUAUCAUUUUCUCCUCUUAGGAAAUAGUGGGAUAUUAUCAUGGACAUAUUACAGAUUAUAUGGGGGUCUUAUUGACAAGUACUCCAUAAUAAUGCUACUUGGCAUCCCCUUGGUGUAGGCAGUAUUUUUGCAGGGGCCUUGAACUGACACCUGCCCUUCUCACUAGUGUGUUCUCUAGACAACACUCUGCGGAGUCACUUCUGUUCACAUCCCCAGUCCACCCUCAUGAGCAAACAUGUCCCCUGACUACCUUGACUUUCCCUCAUGUGUCCUGUAGAGAAGACAGACCCCCACAGAGCUUACCUAAACCUGUUUUAAGUUUGAAUGACUCAAUCUGGACUUAGUCUUGGGAUGUUAAAGCACUGUACCAUGGCCCCAAAUAAAGGUAUGUGCCCCACUUCAUAUGUGGGGGUGUUGUUUUGAUUUUUCUAUGAAGUAAGCAUACACUCUUACUAAUGCUCGGUGUGUAAUAGAUACCCUAUAAGUAGGAGAAACAUUCCAAUAGGAGUGAUACUAUAGCCUCAAGUAAGAGGUAGAAAAUACAGACGAUGAAGAAUUGGCAUGAAUUCUGCAUAUGGAGAGAGGAUACCUUUCCUGAGUUGCACAACUGACUCCUUGGAUUUAGAAAAAUAACUUCUACUUCUUUUCCUAGUUAUCUCCAGAUCUCCAGUUCUAUCCUCAGUUUUGUUUCCAGCUCUUUAGGCAUCACAAACAUUCUUCUUCGCUUGUGCUGUGGCUAGAGUUUCCUAAGUAAACACUGAAUUGAGAUUAGAGAAAUGGAAGGCCAAUGGGUAUUCAGACAUUUAACACUGGGUUGUAAAACACAAUGAUGGCACCAUCCUUAGAGAGAAAGAUAAGAUCUAUUAAAGAAAAUGUGAGGGGCGCCUGGGCGGCUCAGUUGGUUAAGCGUCUGCCUUCCGCUCGGGUCAUGAUCCCAGGGUCCUGGGAUUGAACCCCACGUCGGACUCCCUGCUCAGCAAGGAGUCUGCUUCUCUCUCUUUCUUGGCCUGUCUCCCUCCACAUAUGCAGUCUCUCUCUCUCAAAUAAAUAAAAUCUUAAAAAAAAAAUGUGAAGAACUCUUUCCAAUGCGGGGAGGGAACCAGAUAGAGGUGGUUCCCCUCUAGCCACUGCAAAGGCAAAGGCAGCUCUUGGUGGUGUCUUCUGAUGAAUAAAUAUAAUGGACAUAAGGCUUUGGCAAAUGUGGGUUUCUGAAGCGUAGGGGGCUUCUGUGUUUUCAUGAUUUAAUUGAAUUCCUAGGUGUUACUGAGGACCAGAUUCUUUUGGAUGACGACGAUGACUGUUGUUUGCCCAGUUCUAGAUCAGUGGUAAUUGAUGGAGGAAGGAUAUUGGAUGAUGUAAUCAUUUGGGCGUAGCUUUAAAAUAUCACAUGGUGGGGACGCCUGUGUGGCUCAGUCAAGCGUCUGCCUUCAGCUCAGGUCAUGAUCCCAGGGUCCUGGGAUCGUAUCCCGCAUUGAGCUCUUCUCUCAGCGUGGAGCCUGCUUCUCCCUCUGUCUGCUCUGCCUGCCGCUUCCCCUGCUUGUGCUCUCUCUCUGAUUAAUUAAUUAAUUAAAAGUCUAUAAAAAAAUAUCCCAUGGUAGGGGCGCCUGGGUGGCUCAGUCGGUUGAGCGACUGCCUUCGGCUCAGGUCAUGAUCCUGGAGUCCCAGGAUCGAGUCCCGCAUCGGGCUCCCUGCUCGGCGGGGAGUCUGCUUCUCCCUCCGACCCUCCCCCCUCUCAUGCUCUCUCUCUAUCUCAAAUAAACAAAACCCUUAAAAAAAAAAUACCCCAUGGUAAAGUAGGUUUGAGAGAUGAAGAAGCCUUUUAGAGAGUUGUGUAGGCAGGAUCAGCAAGGCAUGUGUUGUGGGUGCACCCAAGUGCUGGUAUCCCAGGUGUGUAACCCCAAUCAAGUUUAGAUCCACCGUAGAUGGGUGGCAUUGCGUGAAAGUUGAUGCACUGCUCUGCAGGACCUUCUUCCCUUCAGUCAGCCCCAUUGUGGGUAUAGUCCCAUUCUCUGGCUCUGUGCCAUGGAUUUCUCGGAGGAGCGGUUCAGCAGUCAGUGGUGGUGAGCAUUUCUGUUCAAACAUUCAGGCCCAAGUAUUCACUGAUCAAUGAAGGAAGAAGACAUUGUGUGUAUGUGUGGGUGGGUGGGGUAAUGGAAUAUUGCUCCGCCAUAAAAAGGAAUUUAAUCUUGCCGUUUGCAAUGACAUGGAUGGAGCUGGAGAGUAUUCUGCUAAGCGAAAGAAGUCAAAGAGAAACACCAUAUAUUUUCACUCAUGUGGAAUAUAAGAAACAAGCCAAGAGAAAAACAGAAGACAGGCAGAUCAUGAAACAGACCCUACGUAUAGAGAAGAAACUGAUGGUUACCAGAGUGGAGGUCGGUUGGGGGAUGGGUGAAAUAAAUGACGGGCAUCAAGGAGUGCAUUUGUUUUGAGCACUGGGUGUUGCAGGGAAUUGUUGAGUCGCUAUUGUACACCUGGAACUCAUAUUACAUUGUAUAUUAACUAACUGGAAUUGAAAAAAAUCCUUUUAAAUGUUUUGUUUUUUACAGAUUGAAGAAAACUUUUUUUUAAAAGAUUUUAUUUAUUCAUUUGAGAGCCAGUAAAAGCGCAAGCAGGGGGAGGGGCAGAUGGAGAGGGAGAAGCAGGCUCCCCACUGAGCAGGGAGCCGGAUGCCAGACUUGAUCCCAGGACCCCGAGAUCAUGACCUGAGCCGAAGGCAGAUGCUCAACCAUCCGAGCCACCCAGGUGCCCCAAGUAGACUUUUCUCCUAACUGACUUGCACCAGGGCAUAAAAUAUACCCUUGUAAACAAAUUGAAAUAUUUAUCUUUUCUCCCUACCUGAUUAUUCCAGAAUCCAGAAAGUCGGAGUAACUAUUAUAUUUUAGCGAAUAUAUGUAUUUGCAAUUUCAAUAAGAAUCUGUUUUCAUUGGGAGGAGACACAAUUGAAAACACUGGUUAUAUAACCAAGGCUUUGACUAGAAUGUCAUAGCUGAGGAAGAGCUGCAUAGACUCAGAUAUGAUGACAGCUAUAAGGGACUAACGUUGACUUUAUGGGGCCAAUAAAGGCCCCUUGGAAAUAUCAACCUGACACCUUGUUUACGGAGUUCCCAGCAGCCUUACCAGGAGAGCAAAGAAGGUAAUUUCCUAAGAGAUGCAGGAACCCAUGGAUAGUCAGGGGUCUUCAUGAAGAGAGGAAUUUACCCAGAUCUGUUGUUAUUGUAGGCAAAGUCUGGUGGCAAGUUUAUGGCAUGGCUCCUGGUGUGGAGAGGCUAUUGAGUGUUCACUCUUGAGAUUUCUUAUGAAAAGUUCCAGAAAAGCCAUUUUUAAAGAUUUGAUAGGUUAAACUCUAUUCUUCCUGCAUUUAUGUAAAUAAUCAGGACAAGGUUUUUUGUUUUUUUGUGUUUUUUUUAUGGUUUUAUUUAUUUGAGAGAGGGAGAGCGAGAGAGACAGAGAGAACGAGCACAGGAGAGGGGUGAGGGGCAGAGGGAAAAGCAGGCUUUCCACCCUACAGGGAGCCUGAUGCAGGGCUCUAACCCAGGACUAUGAGAUCAUGGCCUGAUCCAAAAGCAACCACUUAACCCACUGAGCCACCCAGGUGCCCCCAGGACAAGUGUUUUUGUUAGGCUUCCUUUGCAAUCAAAUCAGUGUUAGUUUGGCUAUCUUUGGUAAAAAUGGAGAGGACUAUAGAGAAAAAUAUGUCUCAGUAACAUGUUUAUAUUUAUUAGAUUUUAAUACUAUUCAUCAUCAACUGGCCUACAUCCUGAUUUCUUCUAGACUCCUCCAAUGCCAGGAUUUAAGUCCCCAAACUAACAUUUUGAUUUUUUUUUAAAGAUUUAUUUAUUUUAGAGAGGGUUGGGUGGGGCAAGGGACAAAGGGAGAGGGGAAGAGAGAAUCCCAAGCAGACUCCGUGAUGAGCGUGGAGCCUGAUGCGGGGCUCGAGCUCACAACCCUGAGAUCAUGACCUGAGCUAAAACCAGGAGUCUGAUGCUUAAUGGACUGUGCCACCCAGGUGCCCCUAACAUUUUGAUAUUUCUCCCACCUUUCUUAUAUGGAAUCAUUUUAGAACUAAAAUUGCCUUUUUUCCUGUAGCUCUGCAAACUUAAUAUAAAUAUCUUAAUGUAAAGAAAUCGUCAUGAUAGGUCAUGUAUAGACAGUGUUAGUGAUGUGUCUCUAUGGUCCACUCAAAGUAUUACCAGAUGCAUUUGAAAAAUAAACAAGGAACAUCUGUCAGUUUGCCCUUACUUACUCUCACUCUAUCCAAAGAUAUUUCCAAUGCAUCAUCUAGAAGUCUGUUCAACUGGCUACCCUUAGAAAUCAGAACCUGGCAGGGCUUUGGGUGACUCAGUUGGUUAAGUGUCUGCCUUCAGCACAGGUCGUGAUCUCAGAGCCCUGGGAUCGAGCCCGGCACCGCACUAGGCUCCCUGCUCAGCAGGGCGUCUGCUUCUCUUUCUUCUGCCCCUCCCUCUCCCUCUGCCCCUCCCCCUGCUCAUGCUCGCUCGCUCGCUCUCUCUCUCUCUCAUAAAGAAAUAAAAUCUUAAAAAAAAAGAAAUCAGAACCUGGCUUAACAUUUGAUCUAAUCAUUAAGUAGAGUUCAUUUGUUUUCAUACCAAUGUCUCAUUUAAUAACCUUACUUGAACCCCUGGGCUAACUUUGAAACAUAGACCUGCAUCAUUGCCUCCUGAAAUGAUUUUGACUUUUACUGACCUAUUGUCUGGAGGAAAGUCCUGGAUCAGUGACAUGAAGCAAUCUACCAGGUCAACUUUUAAUACGUGAAAGUCCCAAGGAAGUUUCAUAUGGGGGAACUGAAGGGGUUAAGGACAGCUUCUUCGCCCCUUCUUUACCCCCCAACCCAAUGUGCCAGUUUGGCCUUCGGAUAAUUUGAGUUGAAGGCACUUAAAAACCUGCAGACUCAGGAAAACAUUCCCUCCCCCCCUUAACCACAGAGAAGAAUCUAAAAUGGGGCGUCUUUCCGAGAAUUAGAGUUAUUAACAGUGAGACAGUUUACCUCAGUGACUCAUCUGUAAGCACAAAUAUCUGCUCUUCUUACUGCCCGGUGAAGUGUUUUCCCUUCCUGUGAAGCUCCAGGCCCUUACUGUCUUUUCCUUAGUUCAGGUUGACAUUUGUACCUCAUCUUGCCUGACAGUCUUUUGAAUUUCUGUGUCUAUAUGGAUUCCCUGUAUUUACACAUACUUAAUUUGAUUUUCUCCUGGUAAUCUGUCUCAUGUUAAUUUGAUUCUUAGUCAAACUAGAAGGACCUUAGAGGGGACAAGUAUUCUUGUUCCCUGGCAGAGGAUUUAAUUUUAAUGCCUCAUUUCCUGGCAUCCUAUUUAAAGUAUAAAAAGAAGGUGCAGCAGUGCGAAGUACUUGUCCCGUACUUGACAUGUCUUCGCUCUGUUUUUGUCACUAUUUCAGAAAGUCCAUUAUUUGUUUCCUGCAUGGUUCCUAUCCUCUCAGUGUCUCCUUUAAAAGGUCCUAAGUAGUAGUCAAAAUAGGUAUCACACUUGAUUUGUUUAGCUUAAUAGUUGGCUCUCUGGAUGAUGAUGCAUAAGUACACUAAUUAUUUCAAGGGGUCCUCAUUUAAGCCACCUCAGCAUUAAGAUCAUUAGUAUAAUUUUCUGUUUACUUAGAGACUUGAAACUAUGUAAUGUAUGUGUGUGAAACAUCAAUCUCACCAGAUUGUUGGAAGGCCUUUCUCCAUCACUUUUUUCCCCAUUGUGAUUGUUUAUUUUCCAUCCUAGUGGGUUGAGAUGCCCAGCACUACCUAUGGGGUUUUAUUUGUAUAUGAAUGUGCUAAUUUGAGUGGUCUUGCUCCUUCAGGUGUCACCCUGGAGAUGGUGGAUUGUAUUUUGUGUCUUGGUUUUCUCUGGAGUUAACUUGCCUGAAUUCAAAGUGCUCAGCAUGCUAAGUGGCUGAUUCUUCUAUGUUUCCCCUGAUGGAGCAGCACCUAAAUUAUUUGUAUCAUGAGUGGGAAUCCCUGUGGGAUGGUUGCUGGAUGCUAGAGGAAAGUUCUCCAGUCAAUUGAGAGGAGCUAAUGUCCUUUGUCUUUGGAUUCAUUCAGAAUCUCCUUUUUUUUUUUUUUUUAAGAUUUUAUUUAUUUAUUUGACAGAGAGACAGAGAGCACAAACAGGGAGAACAGGAGAGGGAGAAGUAGGCUCACUGUUGAGCAAGGAGCCCAAAGUGGGACUCGAUCCCCGCUUAACUCACUGAGGCACCCAGGAGUCCCCAGAAUUUCUACAGAAUGUAUUAAGGAUUUAAAUUGGCAACAUUGUGGAGAAUUUUAAAAUUAUAAGAGGCAGAUGCAACUGUACCACACAUCUGCAGUCUGUGCUUCUCCUGACUCUAAAGUAUAUUGUGGCCAUGAAUUGUUCACCUUCCUUUUCAUAGAGUAGUAACUGAACACCAAGCAGUUUUGUAACAGGCACCCUAAUGGGCUGCAAGGGGGUAGAUAUAUCAGACACACCGUUUCCCAUUGCUAUCCAAAAAAACAACUUCAACAACACAAGCACAGAAUCAGAACCACAAAGCCUCUCAGAUUCUGUAAAGUAUUAUAAGCAGAAGAGGACUAGUCCUCAACAAAAUGAGGUUAUGAUGAAACUGUCACAUGCUAAGUUACUUACCAAGAGAGGUCUUCCCAGUCAAAUGCCUUAUUUCUCUCAUUGCAAAAUGAAAGUGCCAUACUCAAGAGUCAUUUCACAUUUUCCAUCACAGUCUUCUUAAAGGUAACUUUUGGAUAUGCACAGUCCUUUUAAACUAAGCUCCUUUUUUUUUUUAUAUUUUUGGCUCAUGACAGUUUAAUUCGAAAUUUUAUUUUGUACAUUUAAAAUAGAGCAAUUGCGGGCGCCUGGGUGGCUCAGAUGGUUAAGCGUCUGCCUUCGGCUCAGGUCGUGAUCCCAGGGUCCUGGGAUCGAGCCCCGCAUCGGGCUCCCUGCUUCUUGGGAGCCUGCUUCUCUCUCUCUCUCUCUCUCUCUCAUGAAUAAAUAAAUAAAAUCUUUAAAAAAAAUAAAAAUAAAAUAAAUAAAAUAGAGCAAUUGCUUUUGAUAUGAAUUUUUGCUUACAUAUAUAUUCGUAGGUUGAGACCAAAUGGGUCAAGUCUUAGACAACUGACAUUUUGUGAUGUGUCUAAUCAGAAGAAAUGUAAAAGGGUGACUAAUGUUAGAGUCCUAACAAACUCUUUGCUUUAUAAUUGCAUACUUCUGGUGCUCUAUAUAAUGGAAUAUAUUAAACUAACAAUUUGUAUAUAUAGUAUGUCCGCAUUUCCUAAUAACUUCUCUUGCAUCCAUUUUUAAUAACAAUUAUUGUACAAGUUUGACAGUUACACUCUUCAGGCCAAUACAAUCCAGAUUGUAUAAAUUUAUAAAAGAAAUUUUAGGGGCGCCUGGGUGGCUCAGUUGGUUAAGCGACUGCCUUUGGCUCAGGUCAUGAUCCUGGUGUCCUGGGAUCGAGUCCCGCAUUGGGCUCCCUGCUCAGCAGGGAGUCUGCUUCUCCCUCUGACCCUCCCCCCUCUCAUGUACUCGCUCUCUCUCAUUCUCUCUCUCUCAAAUAAAUAAAUAAAAUCUUUUAAAAAAAAUUAAAAAAAAAAGAAAUUUUAAAACUCAUCAUUCUUCUAUACUCAAGACCAAAGCACAUCAGUGUUAAUGUAGGGCACAGAGGGAAAAUAUAUUUCUCCUGAAUAUUUGAGAAAAUGUGAAGUCCUUUUGAGAAAAUCUAGUAACAUAAUAAUCCUAGCCUGACAGCCCUAAUGGAAAAAGGACUCAUUCACUUUCAUGCUGUGAUUUACUGGUCCCUACUGACCUUAAAUUGGAUCACUGUAGUGAUUUAUGUAACCUCUGAAAGUUAAGCCCUGGGAUCUGUAUUUGUUUUGUGUUCUAAAUCAGCAAGAAUAAUUAAAUUUGAUGAUGUAGGAUUGGAAGUGUCAGCAGCUUUCUUUAGUGACCGAGCAAAAUGAUGUCUCCACUUUCAUUUAUUGUGACCCAUUUUAACUAUAUGUGCUUUGUACAUGUAAUAUUUAUUUCAGUACAAAUUGAAUUAUUCUUCCUCUGUAUUUUAUAUUAAUAUUUCAUUGAUGUGAAAAUCAAAUUGUGUCAUAAAAACCUCUCUAUAUUUAAGUAUAUUUGAAAAUGUUAUUACAAAAAAACAUUACAGCUAGAAUUCAGCCUUCCAUUGCACUUCAUUGCCUUAUUGUUAGAAUGAGGUGAAUGUGAACAAUUCUAUUGUCAUAAACUCCUCACAAAUAAUACAAGUGGUGUAAUUUUGUGCCCUAAGGUGAAACUGGAAAAAAACAAAAAAACAAAUUAUAGACCCAUGAGGCCAUGUUAGCAGAUGUUAAUUGAUACCUUCUGCUGCCGCUUUACCUUAUACCCCAGAGGUGUAUUCUACUCAAAAGACUUUAAAUCAGGGGGCGCCUGGGCGGCUUAGUUGUUAAGCCUCUGCCUUCGCCUCAGGUCAUGAUCCCAGAGUCCUGGGAUAGAGCCCUGCAUCAGGCUCCCUGCUCAGUGGGAAGCCUGCUUCUCCUUCUCCCACUCCCCCUGCUUGUGUUCCCUCUCUUGCUGUCUCUCUCUCUCUGUCAAAUAAAUAAAUAAAAUCUUAAAAAAAAAAAAAAAAGACUUUAAAUCAGAAAAAAUGUUUCUUAAUGUUAAAGAUUUCAUUAGUUGCAUCUGGUAGUUAUAUCUGUAGGCUAGUGCUGAUUAACUACUUGUAAGCUAGUGGGGUCACAUGCCUAUGUCUUGAGCCUAGGCUACAUGUCCCUUGUCUGGAACAGCUGUGCCUGGGAAUAUAUGACCUGUAGUUUGCUUUCUUACAUCUGAACUGACAAGAUCAAUGCUUGGCUUCAUUAGAUCAAUUUUGUGUUGAUCCUGCCAGGGAGUAUGAAUUUCUGUUCCCUUCAAGGUCCUUCUUCCUGGACUAAGAAUCCAAUUGAAAUGUGACAGAUUAACAGGAUAGAUCAAAUUAAAUUUCAUAAGUAGAAGGAACCUUCCCAGACAUGGAAAUCUCAAAGACAGUUGGGUAAAAGGAGGUAUAUAUAUGUGAUCCUUAAAUGGAGGAGGGUCUGGCACUUUGAAGUGGAGAAAUGCACUUCACGGAGCAAUAAGACGAACAGCAGAUGUUUGGUAAUUAGAUGUUUGCCCUGUCAUACAAAUGGGUCACUCAGAUAAAAUUUGUCUCUGGUAAUAACUAAAGUGUUAUGUGUAUUUACAUUAUUGGAAAAACAAUUUCUGGGAUUUUCUCAUCUUGCUGAGUUGAAACAUAAUACCUGUUAAGCAGUCACUUCCACAUUUGUCUCUAUUCUAAGACUCGGGCACUCAUUCUCUUUUUCUCUCUUUCUCUUUCCUUUCCUUCUUUUCUCCCUCCCUUCUUUCCUUCCUUCAUGCUGUUCAUGACACUAGGUCAGUCACUUAAGUGAAAUCAUAGUGUAUCUGUUCCUGUGACUCAUUUAUUUCACUUAACAUCACGUUUAACCAUGUAUAAAGUGACAAGAUGUGUCUCCUUUUUCAAAGCUGAGUAUUAUUCUAGUGCACGUAUAUCUACAUUUUCUUUAUGCAUUCUUGAACAUUUCUGCUGCUUUCAUUUAUUAUUGGCUUUUCUGAAUAAUGCUGCUUUGAAUCCGCUUAUGCAAAUAUCUCUUGCAGAUCCUACUUUGAAUUCUUUUGGUUAUAUACUGUCAAGUGGGCUGGCUGAGUCAUAUGAUAAUAUGCAUUAAAAGUUUUGAGGGGGCGCCUGGGUGGCUCAGUCAGUUAAGCGACUGCCUUCAGCUCAGGUCAUGAUCCUGGAGUCCCGGGAUCGAGUCCCGCAUCGGGCUCCCUGCUCAGUGGGGAGUCUGCUUCUCCCUCUGACCCUCCCCCUCUCAUGUGCUCUCUGUCUCUCUCAUUCUCUCUGUCUCAAAUAAAUAAAUAAAAUCUUAAAAAAAAAAAAGUUUUGAGGAAUCUCUAUUCCAUUUUCCAUAAUGAUUGCACCAUUUGCAUUUCCUCUAACAGUGCAUAAGGGUUUCAAUCUCUCCUCAUCCUUUCCAACACAAGUAGGUUUUUUGUUUUUUUACUAGUGGGAUCUGAACAUGUGUGAGGUGAUGACUCACUGUUUGAUUUGUAUUUCUCUAACGAAUAGUGAUUUUAAGCAUCUUUCAUAUCCUUGUCCAUUUGUAUAUCUUCCUUCAGUUGUCCCCACUGAAAACUUUGUCCAGUUCUUAAUACUAGUUGCUGUUUGGUUGUUGUUGCAAAAGUUCUUUCUAUAUUCUUGAUAUUAAAUCCUUAUGCUCUAGAGACUCUGUGACAAAUUACCUUCCAUUUCUCAGGUUGCCUUUAAACUCCACUGAGUGUUUCCUUAUAAUUAUUUUAUCUGAUUUCCAUGUGUUUGAAUAUAUUUUGUUUCAUUUCAUCAGUCUCAUGAUAUUUACUGGUUAUUUUUUAAAUUUCAUUUUAACCCAUUGAUUUUUCAAGAGCAUGUUGUUCACUUUCCAAAUAUUUGUGGCAUUUCCAAUUUCCCGUCUGCUAUUCAUUCUUAGUUUCAUUCCACGGUGGUCAGAAAAGAUACUGGUAUGAUAUUAAUCUUCUUAAAUUUGUUAAGACUUGUUUUGUAGGCAAACAGGUUGUCUAUACUAGAGAAUGUUCCAUGUGUGAUUGAGAAGAUUGUAUAUUUUGCUCUUGCUUGAUGGAGUUGUCUGUUUAUGCCAUUAUAUGUAAUUGGUCUUUUAUGUUUGUUUUUUUUAAAGAUUUUAUUUAUUUAUUUGAGAGAAAGAAUGAGAGAGCGAGCAUGAGAGGGGUGAGGGUCAGAGGGAGAAGCAGACUCCCCGCUGAGCAGGGAGCCCGAUGCGGGACUCGAUCCCGGGACUCCAGGAUCACGACCUGAGCCGAAGGCAGUCGCUUAACCGACUGAGCCACCCAGGCACCCGGUCUUUUAUGUUGUUCAAGUGCUCUCUCCCUAAUGGGCUUGAGUGUGGUCUUUCUAUCCAGUUAAAUUGACGUAUUAACUUCUGCUGCUAUCGUGACGCUGUUGAUUUCUUGCUUCAGUUCUGUCUUGGAUGCUUCACAUACAUGGGAUCUCUGAUGUUACGUGCACACGUUAUUAUAGUUGUUGUUAUCCAGGUAAUUUCUUUACAUAUAUGGUCGUUUCUCUGUACUGACACUCCAUGAACUUAAUGUGUAUUUGUCUGAUAGUAAUAUGGCUACCCGUGACCUCUUUUGCUUUCCAUUUGCAUGAAAUGUGCUUUUACAUACUUUGACUUGUAUCUUAUGUGUGUCCUUAGAUUUAAUGUGACUCUUGUAGAUGGGAGGUUGUCGGAUGUUGUGUUUUACUCACUCAGCAACUUUAUGGCACUUUUUUUUUUUUAAGAUUUAUUUAUUUAUUCCAGGGAAGGGGAGGAGGGGCAGAGAGGGAGGGAAGAGGGUCCCAAGCAGACUCCACACUGUGUGUGGAGCUGACUCGGACUCUAUCCCAUAACCCUGAGAUCACACCGAGCUGAAACCAAGAACUGGAUGCUUAACCGCCUGCACCACCCAGGUGCCCUUAUUUUAUGCCUUUUAUUUAUUUAUUUAUUUUUAAGAUUUUUUAUUUAUUUAUUUGAGACAGAGAGAAUGAGAGCGAGAGAGCACAUGAGAGGGGGGAGGGUCAGAGGCAGAAGCAGGCUCCCUGCCGAGCAGGGAGCCCGAUGCGGGACUCAAUCCAGGGACUCCAGGAUCAUGACCUGAGCCGAAGGCAGUCGCUUAACCGACUGAGCCACCCAGGCGCCCUAUUUUAUGCCUUUUAAUGGAGGGAGUUUCAUGUACUUACCGAGAACAUAAUUACUGAAAGAGAAGGACUAUUGCUGUUGUGAUUUUGGUUUUCUAUACUUCUUGAGGAUAUUUUAUCCCUCUUUCCCUCUCUUAUUGUGUUCCAUUAUGUUUGUUUGACGUUUGUAAUGACAGCUUUGAUACCAUUUUCAUUUCCUUUUUAUGUCUUUUAUAGUUUUUUUUUUCCUGUUACCUUGGAGAUUACUUAAAACCUCUCAAAGCUGUAACAAACCAUUUUAACUUGAUAUUGUCAGUAAGAUACAAAAUUCUCCUACUUUUUCUGCCCCCCCUUACCGUCUUUAUGUCACCAAUAACUCAAAUCCUAUCUUUUAUGUUGUGUACUCUAUAAUUUACAUAUAUCAUUUUUAAGCUCUUCUUCUUUUUGUUUUCUUUUUUAAGAGGGGGAGAGAGAGAGCUUGCGCCUGAGUAGGGAGAGACGCAGAGAGAAUCUUAAGCAGGGUGCACACAGGGCUGGAUCUCACAACCCUGAGAUCAAUGAUCUGAGCUGAAAUCAAGCACACAGGGCUGGAUCUCACAACCCUGAGAUCAAUGAUCUGAGCUGAAAUCAAGACUCAGGCGCUUAACAUACUGAGCCACCCAGGCAUCCCGUUAUUUAUGCUCUUACAGCAAAAAUCAUCAAAUGCCGAUUCAUAGUGAGAAUUGUAUAUUCAAGUCCAUUAUAAAUUAUAACAUUACCAUUUGGCUCUAUGUGUUUCCUAUCUUAUUUGAUGAAAUAUUUGAAUACAUACCAAUUCAUUCUAAGUUGGAUUAUUUUGAUGAAAGAAUGUGAUGAGAACUGUAUUUAUGGGUGAUCCCAGGAAGCUGGAGGAGGGCAUUGAGGGAAGUAAGACCUGGAAGACCAGGAAGCCAUAACAGACUGUGUUAGAGUCAGAUUUAUUUAUGGCUAAGAAAAAUGUGUUUUGUGUGUAUUUGUGUGUGUGUCACACCACUAACAUCACCAUAAAUAUAGAAGAUUUGUAAGAGGACUUAUCUGUGCCUAAUUCAGGGAUGACCUGUAACUUAGUUAUUGCAGAGGCUGUCAUAUCUUGCAUCAGAACCAUCUGAAACACUUGUAAAAAUCUCAGAUUUCUAGGCCUCCUCCCAUAUUAUCAUUUCAAUAGUUCUGGGCUGGGCUGUGACACCCCCAAUUUUCCAUUCUUGCAAGUGCUCAAGUGAUGCCAGUGGGGCCUGUUUUGGGAACCUGCUUUGAGAAUGACACUCUGGGGACCUCCUUAUGGUUGUCAUCUUCAGUGAAGAUAUUUGCCCAUGAAGAACGCAGUCAGAUAUAGAGAUGAGCAUGAAUUGUUUUAAGUGGACUCUGGUCUUGGUUCUGCAGAUGUGAAAGUGGGUCACGUGUAGGCGAGGCUUCUGUGUUUUAAUUCUGGAAGCUGGACCUGCCGUAUCUGUUUUUCAGUCGUCAAUUAAAUACAUAUUCAGGCUAUAUGUGUGUGUGCAGGGCUGGAACUUACACUCUCAUGUCUCAGACCAUGGAAGCUGUUCUAUGUGAAGUCUUCUGGAUGAAGGACUGAUUGUCUAAUGGGAGAGAAUCCAAGAACAGGUCUUCUGGAAGGGCAUUUGAAUGCCUCUUGUUGCUGUAGGUACCCAGGUUCAAGUGCUGACUCAACUGAUAUUUAGAUGAUCACUAAACCUUUUUUAACUAAACUAUUUUGGUCAGUUGUAAAAAAAAAAAAAACCUAUUGUUUCUUUUCUAUGAAGGGCUAAACACAGUUCUUUCCUUUAUGUAUAUGUCUUCUGUGUCCCUCUUACUACAUACACAGAGCAUUUUACUUCUGACACUUCUGGUCACAAAUAUGGGUUGGGGGUACUUUCCCCACAGCAACAAGCAAGUCUCCAACACCAACUGGAUGUUUUGCAAUUUAAUUCAAUGUGGACACUAUUUACCCAGAGAUAUUCUCAGGUCCCACAGAUAAGAGCUCAGUCUCACAAACUGCCCCCACCCCCAAAAUACUUUCACACCCUAUUCACAAGCUCACACUGUUACCUAUACACAUGAAUGACCAGGUAUAUAUUGGAACUUCUGAUAAUCUCCUUCUUGGGUUCAAUUAAAUUGCUAGAGUAUCUCACAAACCUCAGGGAAACACUUAUGUUUACCAGCUUAUUAAAGGAUACGAUAAAGGAUACAGAUGAAUAGCCAGAUAAAGAGAUACAUAAUGUGAGUCUGUGAGGGUCCCACAAUCAUGAGCUUUUGUCCCUAUGAAGUUAGGUGUGUAACCUUCCCUGUGUGGAUGUGUUCACCAGCCUGCAAUCUCUCCCAAAUCCAUACUAUUGGGAUUUUAUGGAGCCUUCUUCAUGUACACAUGAGCAGUCAUAACUCCAUUUGCAGCCCUUCUCCGAAGUAAGGGUUUGGGGAGAUGAAACUGAUGUUCCAAGCUGCUGAUCAUGGCUUGGUCUUUCUGGUGGCCACCUCGCAUCCAGGAUCCCACCCAGAGCCACUUCCCUAGAAUAAGAGAUACUCCUAGCGCUGUUAUCAUUUAGGAAUUAAAAGAGUUUUAGCAGCCCUGAGUCAGGGAGAGUUCAAGGACAAAUAUUAGAACAUGGAUACUCCUAGUGCUCUUAUCACUUGGGAAUUUACAAGAAUGUUAGCUUUGUGGGCGCCUGGGUGGCUCAGUUGGUUAAGCGACUGCCUUCGGCUCAGGUCAUGAUCCUGGAGUCCCGGGAUUGAGUCCCACAUCGGGCUCCCUGCUCGGCGGGGAGUCUGCUUCUCCCUCUGACCCUCCUCCCUCUCAUGCUCUCUGUCUCUCAUUCUCUCUGUCUCAAAUAAAUAAAUAAAAUCUUUAAAAAAAAAAAAAAAAGAAUGUUAGCUUUGUGCCAAAAUCAGGGGCAGUCAGAUUAUAUAUGUAUUCUAUUAUAUGACACAGUAAAAAAGGAAUAAUAGUCCAAAAGCAUAAAAUCAUGAACAUUAAAAUCAUUAGAAUAAAACAUUAGUAACACUGGGCCAUAUCUUGUAAACACUAUAGAAUGACUUUAGACUUUGGCCAACCUUGUAGAUUUCAUUUUUUCAUGAAAAACAUGGCCCACAACUCAUGUUUCCCUGCUGAUUGUUCUGCAUGUGAAUGUAAAUAUUGAACCCUGGAAAUUAGCAUUUGAGUAUUUGACAUUGGGAAUGAUCUUCCUGGUCUAGGUUUUCCCUGGAAAACUGGAGGAGUUCUACCUCUUAUGUCAUCAUUUCCCAUACUAGACGGGAACCAGGGCAAGUUUGAGAGGUUUUUCUCAGUCAUCUGAAUGUAGCCAAGUGUUGGUCAUUCUUCAAGAGGAAUCUCAGACACAUUGGCAGCUUUUGAUUUGAAACAUUUUCUCCAUGAUUUUGGACACAGACUCAUUUUCUAGUUGCACAGAGAGUCCAGAGAUGUGUCUGUCCAUUGAUAAUUCUGGCCCCUUGAGUGUCUUCCAAGCCAUCACCAUCAGUCCCAGAAACUCCAGGUCUGCAAAGCAUUAAGGAACAGCCCCACAUUCAAUUGGCCCCUCCAAUAUCUUGUGCUGGAUCCUCCCUGAGCUGGUCAAUACCACAGUUCCUAUGUAUGUAUGGGAUAAGAAGUACAACAAAUAUGCACAAACAUUGUAGGCUUUGGAUCCUGUUCUGCUAUACUUUGUGAGGAACACAUAGAUUUACUUUAUGCAGCAUUCAGAUGUACCUCCUAUGUUUUCUGUUUGGGACUCAUUCUGAUUUUCUUCUGUGCAUGCACAUUCGGGGGGCUAACACUUGCAUCAGACCAAUACCACACCAAGAACCUCUCCUGAGAAAAUAUCUACCCCAGGCAUUUUUGUCCUGGAAAGCACUGUUGUAAUUUUUUGUAUCCUUCCUUUUUCCAUCAUUGUAAUUUUUCUCUUUUUCACUAGACUAUGUGGAGGGAAGUGAACAACUUGUUCUUAAUCAACAUGUUUCCAAAUUGCCAUCCCCUUUACUCAUUUUUCUUAGAAUGACUGUUUUUUCAAAGAUUUUAUUUAAAUUCAAGUUAGUUAACAGAUAGCAUGUUAAUAGAUUCAGGGGUAGAAUUUAGUAGUUGGCCAGUUGCUUAUAACAUCUAGCCCUCACUACAUCAAGUGCCCAUCACCCAAUUACCCCAUCCCUCACCCACCUCGCCUCCAGCAGCCUUUGGUUUGUUCCCUGUAGUUAACAGUCUCUUGGGCGCCUGGGUGGCUCAGUCAUUAAGCGUCUGCCUUCGGCUCAGGUCCCGAUCCCAGGGUCCUGGGAUCGAGCCCCACAUCAGGCUCCCUGCUCAGCGGGGAGCCUGCUUCUUUCUCUCCCACUCCCCUUGCUUGUGUUCCCUCUCUUGCUGUGUCUCUCUCUGUUAAAUAAAAAUAAAAUCUUAAAAAAAAAAGUUAUUGUUGCCUCCCUCUGUUUUUAUCUUACUUCAUUUUUGCUUCCCUUCCUCUAUGUUCAUCUCUUUUGUUUCUUAAAUUUCACAUAUGAGUGAACUCAUGGUGUUUUUCUUUCUCUGACUGGGCUGAUUUCACUUAGGGUAAUACACUCUAUCCACAUCGUUGCAAAUAGCAAGAUUUCAUUCUUUUUAAUGGCUCAGUAACAUUCAAUUGUAUGUAUAUACCACAUCUUUUUUUUUUUUUAAUUUUUUUUUCUAAAGAUUUUAUUUAUUUAUUUGAGACCGAGAGCAUGAGAGGGAGGAGGGUCAGAGGGAGAAGCAGACUCCCUGCCGAGCAGGGAGCCCGAUGUGGGACUCGAUCCCGGGACUCCAGGAUCAUGACCUGAGCCGAAGGCAGUCGCUUAACCAACUGAGCCACCCAGGCGCCCUGUAUAUACCACAUCUUUAACCAACAUCCAUAGAGGGACAUCUGGACUCUCUCCAUAGUUUGGCUAUUGUGGACAUUGCUCCUAUAAACAUUGGGGUACAUAUGCCCCGUCAAAUCACUAUUUUCAUAUCCUUUAGAUAAAUACCCUGUAGUGUAAUUGCUGGAUCAUAGGGUAUUCUAUUUUUAACUUUUUAAGGAAACUCCAUAGUUUUCCAGAUUGGCUGCAGCAGUUUGCAUUCCCACCAACAGUGUAGGAGGAUUCUCCUUUCUCUGCAUCCUCCCCAACACCUGUUGUUUCUGGAGUUGUCAAUUUUAUGCAUUCUGACAAGUGUGAGGUGGUAUCUCAUUGUGGUUUUGAUUUUAUUUCCCUGAUGAUGAGUAAUGUUGAGCAUUUUUUUCAUGUGUCUGUUAGCCAUUUGUAUGUCUUCUUUGGAGAAAUGUCUGCUCUUCUGCCCUUUUCUUGACUGGAUUUUUUGUUUUUUGAUUAAUCAGUUUGAUAAGUUCUUCAUAGAUUUUGGAUGCUAGCCCUUUAUCUGAUAUGUCAUUUGCAAAUAUCUUCUGCCAUUCUGUAGGUUCCCUAGUAGUUUUAUUGAUUCUUUCCUUUGCUGUGCAGAAGGUUUUUAUCUUGAUGAAGUCCCAAUAGUUCAUUUUUGCUUUUGUUUCUCUCAUCUCUGGAGACAUAUCUAGUAAGUAAGAAGUUGCUGUGGCUGAAAUCAAAGAGGUUGUUGCCUAUGUUCUCCUCUAGGAUUUUGAUGGAUUCCUAUCUCACAUUUAGGUGUUUUAUCCAUUUUAAAUUUAUUUGUGUAUAUGGUGUGAAAGAGUGGUUCAGUUUCAUCCUUCUGCAUGUUGCUUUCCAGUUUUCCCAACACCAUUUGUUGAAGAGGUUGUCUUUUUUCCAUUGGAUAUUCUUUCCUGUUUUGUUGAAGAUUCGUUGACCAUAUUGUUGAGGGUCCAUUUCUGGGUCGUCUUUUCUUUUCCAUUGAUCUCUGUGUCUAUUUUAUUUUUAAAGAUUUUGUUUAUUUACUUGACAGAGAGAGAGCACAAACAGGGGGAGUGGCAGGCAGAGGGAGAGGGAGAAGCAGCUCCCCUGCUGAGCAAGGAGCCCAACGCAAGGCUUGAUCCCAGGACCCCGGGAUCAUGACCCGAGCCGAAGGCAGAUGCUUAACCCACUGAGCCACCCAGGAGCCCCUGUGUCUAUUUUUGCCAGUACCAUACUGUCUUGAUGACUACAGCUUUGUAAUAUAGCUUGAAGUCUGGAACUGUGAUGCCUCCAGCUUUGGUUUUCUUUUUCAUCAUUACUUGGGCUAUUUGGGGUCUUUUCUGGUUUCAUAUAAAUUUUAGAAUUGUUUACUCUAGCUCUGUGAAAAAUACUGGUGUUAUUUUGAUAGGGAUUGCAUUGAAUGUGUAGAUUCUCUGCCCCUUUAUUCUCCUUAGUGAUGACCGCUCAGUAUCCAGGUCUUCCUCUGUACCCUGGAUGAAUUAGAAAACUUCCUCAUCUCAGGAGAAAAUGGAGUCUGUUUUCCUCCAUGUCAGUCAUUUAUAUAUUCAUGCCUCAGAGUGUUAUGUACACUUACAAGCUAGUGACAUUGUAGGUAAAAUUGAGAAUAAUAUAGAGAAUCUAUUCUAGUAAUAGGUAACUGUAGCUAUACAAUGAAUCCUUUAAAAUUAUUAUUUUAAUUAAUUAUACAAUUAUGAUGUAUUAAUGGUCCCAGGAGGUAAGAUCAGAGUCCAGUCAGUAAUGUCACAGGGUCUCCUGAAAGAAUGCAGAGAUACCCAAAAUAUCUUUGAAUGGGUAUCUUUCAAUAUGAGAUGUUAUAUUUGCCUAACAUUUUCCUGGGUGUGAUCUUGUGAAGGCAGUUCCACAAAGAUGGUUAACAAGUUUGAUGGUCCUUCAACAAACUGGCACUCCUGAUCAUCAAUGCCAAAUCUGUAAGUUUUAAUGAGCAUAGGCUUAAAACCUGCCACACUAGGUCCUGCCUUAGUACAGCCUCAGGAAGGGAGAAGAUCCAUUAACAGUGCAAGGUUAAGACCCACAAAAUAUCUAGAAUCAUGACCACAACUACAACUACCUGUAACCCAUGUUACUGAGGUAGAGGCUUCUUACUGCAGAGAUCACUGCCCAGGGACAGGAUACAUCACACCUGCAUCAGAGGAUACUGAUCCACCAGGACAGGUUUAUGCCCUAGCUGAUGGCCUAAGGUUUCUGCUCCCUGAAUCCCUAUGGGGGCAUCAACAGUUCAGUCUCACUGGGGACACUCUUUUCAGAACCAGGAACUCUUUGGAAUAUUUAGGAAUGUCCGAUGUAGCCUGGGGUUAGACUGGCAUCACAAUCUGAAUCUGCUUCCAUCUCAGAGAAAGAAGAAUGAGUCAUUCAGGGUCCUCUCCUCCCUCCAUAGAAGGAAUCUCCUUUGUGGUACCCUGGUGGGAGGUACUCCAGGUUCCUCAUACUGUGGUAAAGAACACUGACUGAGCAAGUGUAGAGAUGCAAACAGAUAGAACCUGAUUAUUUCCAUGGCAUUCAGUCAUUAGAAAAACAGAUGAAGAGUCAUGAUGCCUACCAUCCAGGAACUUUUAGGUUAGAGCAAAUUGUUGAAUUCAGGAUUGUGGAGUCAAUGUGAGGAAGAGGUGGUAUACAGGGGGCUUUGCUUCAGCUGGGCCAGUUCCCUCUCUCUGUUGUGGUGUGAGUUCUGGUGUCACCUUUGAUGGGUCAUCCAUGGACCAAAGAAUUUUUAGUAGCAGUAACAUUUAUUUUGCAUUCUUGUAAGAAUAAAAGCUUUAUAAUAUAAUUGCCCCUGAAAAUGCUAAGUGUUUAUGUUAAGUUGCUUUUUAUUUUAUUUUCUGAAAUAGGAAUGAGACUAAAUAGAUUAAAACAGUAUGAACUCUGGGUGUUGAAUUUCUCUGGGAAGGCUUAGGAAUGACAGGCCUAGACAUACCCCAGAAGCAGGGAGAUCAGAGCCUACAGCCAGCUCCCUCCCAAGCCCAAACCAGAUCCACCCCCUUCUGAGGCUGUGUCCAGGUCUGGCCUGGCUCUGGAGCUCCUCCCUUCCCAGGACAGAUUAGAGGAGAUCAGAUUCUGAGUGGAGUGGCUGUUCCUUUCAUCUCUCCAGGGCUGGUGCUCACAAUUCCCAAAACCUAGAAGCUGAUACAUGGAAGGAAACGACUGUAUAUUUUAGUGCCUUCUUUUCUCUUUUUAUCAUGAAAUCGUGUGCUUCACCAACCUUUUACCCAGAAUCCUGUUUUCCAUUCCUGCAGAUUCAGUAGUUGCUCAAGUAACAAAACAUAAAUCUAUGUAUACAUUAUGACAUGAUUAAAACAAUCUAGCUAAUUAAUCUCAUAGUGUUAGGACUUUUUAUUUCUGAUUUUUAAAUUAAUUUUUGUUGAGAACAUUGAAGAUAUACUCUCUUAGCAAAUGCCAAGUAUAAUAGACAUGGAAUUAUGUGUAGUCACCAUGCUGUACUUUAGAUCUCCAGGAUUUAUUCAUUCUGCAUAACUGAAAUUUUGUACCAUUUGACCAAAAUCUCCCACUUUGCCCUCAGCCAUGUCCUAGCAUCUACUCUGCUUUUAGGAGUUCAACAUUAUUAGAUUUAGAUUAGAUUAUUAGAUUAUUAGAUUUAGGAUAUAAUUGAGAUAGUAUUUGCCAUUUUGUGUGGCUUAUUCCACUUAGCAUAAAAUCCUCCAUGCUCACCCACAUUGUCCAAAUGGAAGGAUGUUUUUCUUCCUUUUUUAAGGCUGAAUUUUGUAUAGAUAGAUAUUAUAGUAUAUUUAAUAAAUUAUUUAUGAUACAUAAUAUAUUCUAUAACAGAGGCACCUGAGUGGCUCAGUCAUUAAGCGUCUGCCUUGGGCUCAGGUCUUGGUUCCAGGGUCCUGAGAUCGAGCCCCACAUCGGGCUCCCUGCUCAGCGGGAGGCCUGCUUCUCCCUCUCCCACUCCCCCUGCUUGUGUUCCUGCUCUCACUGUUUCUCUCUCUGUCAAAUAAAUAAAAUCUUAAAAUAUAUAUAUAUUCUAUAAUACAUAUUUUAUAUCAUAAAUCAUGUUAAAUAAUAUAUAUAGCACAUUUUCUUUAACCACUCCUAGAAAACAGGGAGAUGUUUUCUAGGAAACAUACAGGAAAAUGACUCCUCCUAUUUGCUAGAAUAAUUAGAUUUGAGGGAAAAACAAACUUGGUAACACCAAUGUGGAGGAAUUAAAAUGAUCCUAUAUUGCUAAUGAGAGUAUACAAAGUAGAGGAAAACUGGCAUUUGCUUAUAAACUCAAACAUUUUUCUAUCCUGUUAAAAACAUGUAAACCCAACAAAGAAAACUCUUGGAACUACUAAUCUACCCUUCCUUUCUCUAUUUUUCCAUUCAUCCAUAUUUCGCUCCUGUAAUAUACAAACUUUUAUUUUUUAAUCGAUAGGGAAAAAGAUGAAGCACAUAAGUGGGGCCCAGUUUGUGCAUCUUCAUGGUUAUUAUAGGACACCUAGUGCCCAGCUCACAGGGUAUUAUGGGGAUGAAAUCACAUCAUAUAUGUGAAGUUGCCCACACGGUGCACCAUAACUUCCUUGUGAACAGAAAAUCAGUGCUCAAUCAACAUUGCAGUAAUCAAUAUAUACACGUUGUUUUCCAAAUAGAGACUUGUUCAGACAUUAGUGCAUUCACGAGCUGCCUUUCUAUAAACUGUAAAGUGCUAUGAAAGCAUGUGGUCCUUCAGGGCAGUGAUGGAGGUCUUUCCUGGGACCAACAAUAAACUCACAACAGUGAAAAGUAAAUAGUAAAUUCUUUCCUGGGAACUCACCAGGAGUUGUUUGUGUUGACGUAGAUGGUGGGUGUGGGGGGCUCAGGUGCGCUGUGCCUGCAUUCUCUAGUGUCGCCACUAAACGAGGGUCCCCAGGAACAGCAUCAGCACUAACAAGUACUUGGGAAAGAUGCCAAUUCUCAGACCCCAUUCCCAACCUGCAGAAUCACCAUUUCUUCUGUGGGACCUGGAACACCGAAUGAUUUCUGUGCACAAUGAAAUGUGAAACACAUCAUCGUUUAUCAGCCUGGAUUUACAGUAAAGAUCCCAGGGAGAGGUUUUUGUUUUAAAGAUUUUAUUUAUUUAUUUGACAGAGAGACACACAGCCAGAGAGGGAACACAAACAGGGAGAGUAGGAGAGGGAGAAGCAGGCUCCCCGCUGAGCAGGGAGCCCGACGCGGGGCUCGAUCCCAGGACCUUGGGAUCAUGCCCUGAGCUGAAGGCAGAUGCUUAACCAACUGAGCCACCCAGGUGCCCCCUCCAGGGUGAGUUUUAAGAACCACCAUCACCUGGGCCCUCUGCCAGAGUCUGUCUAUUGGUCAGGGUGAGAACAUCAGUGCUGCUUUAACUAUGCGCUUCAGGUGCUUCUCGUGUAGACCAGGGUGAAGCCCAAGGAUUCGCAGACACACUUGUGAGAGCAGAGUCUGGCUUUCUGGUGAAGAGAAGCUAACAGACUGUUUGGUCUGCAAUUGGAAGGGGCAGGUCCGUGCAGCCCACGUUCCCCGUGCUGUGGCAGGAUUUGGUUUUCUAUGGGAGGGGAGGACAUCUGAAACCAGGAAGGAUGAACUCACACGCAAGUGUCCACAUAGGAGCUCCUUUUUUUCUGAAUCUUUCCUGUGACAAAGGAGAGGGCGGCCUUUUGUGCAUUUCAAGAUCCUUCUGCCUCUGAGCUGAUGAUAGCAGGUAAUGAGGCCAUGUUGAGGCCUUUAAAGGCAUACAGGUGUGAUUUCUCUACCUAAUAUCGAUAGAGAAAGAAACCUAGAACAGAAGGGAGAGGCCGAAAGGGCUGCUUCUGGGGUAAAUCUUGUCUUGACUUAGCUUAGGGCAGUGUCUUCAUUUCUUACUGAAAGGCCAUGUAUUAGAACUUGCAAACAUUCACUUCUCUACUUUUGGUGGUCCUGCCUAGUAAAUAUGUUUCGGACUACUAUUUAUUCUUUUAAUGAUAGUCAAGUCAGCCCUUUAGGAUAUUCCUCUAUUAUCCCCGGGCUGUCUCUCCAUUCUCUCCAGCCGGGUUUUCUGUGCAGCAUGACGAAUUCCUAUCAUGAAUUCAUGACCUGCAACUAUUGAAAGUAUUCCCUCUGUGACAGAUCAAUAUGGGGAUGUGUUGAUACCCAAGAUUCUCACUGGAGAUGGGUUAGAUUUUGGGAUCCCAGUAAAGGAGGAGAAUAUAUAAUAUUGAGGUUCUGUCUGGGUGAGGCCUGAGUCUAUGGAAACUAGAUGAACAAAUAAACCAGUUAUCAGGCCCAGAAUAAGUCAACGUUCUGAAAAAGACUUGCUGUCUAGAUUGCUUCAACGAAAAGACUUACUAUUUAAAAUAUAUUAAAGAUUACAGGACAUGGGAGCAAUCUGUGGCUUGAAAUUUCAGAAAUAUGCUAUAUUUUCAUGAUUGGAAUCAUAUAAAGAUUUGUUUUUUUUUAUUUUUGUAAGCACUGUCGCAGUGAUGAGUCCUUUGUGCUUCAGGCCACUGAAAUCAGUUUGUCUCAUUACAGCUAAUAUUUUGUGCACUUGGUUCAGGGUCUCUCUGCCAGAUUCCCUUAGAAAAUGAAGGCUCUCAGGGCGCCUGGGUGGUUCAGUUGUUAAGCGUCUGCCUUCGGCUCAGGUCGUGAUCCUAGGGUCCUGGGAUCGAGCCCUGCGUCGGGCUCCCUGCUCAGCAGGAAGCCUGCUUCUCUCUCUCCCACUGCCCCAGCUUGUGUUCUCUCUCUCGCUGUCUCUUUCUCUGUCAAAUAAAUAAAUAAAAAUCUUAAAAGAAAAAUGAAGGCUCUCACUUUUGUUUUCUGGAGAUCCAACUCUUUGCAAGUAAAGGUUCUAAAUUAUUCCUUGGUUUCAUAAUUUUCCAUUUCAUCCUGCAUAGCAUUACAGAAAUUAUCUCCUUUAUUACUUUUCUAUUUUCAGGAAGAGGAAAGAAGUAUAGUAUAAUACUAUAUGUUCAAGUUCUUAAAAUUCUAUAUUGUAACUCAUCACAAAUGACAUGACAUCAUUUCAAGGAAAUAAUCAGGCUUUGUUGGUGUAAGGAAGGAAGUAUUCAUGAUGUUUUAUCUUGACUUUAAUGUUCCCAUCUGCUGAGGUUAUCCGUAAUCUUCACUCUAGAUUAGUGAUAAUUCUAGAAACUAACUGGCAUAGAAUCUUAAAAUUAGACAUCUAUUCCUUAUUUUUGAUUCAGUAGUACUUGGAAGUGGAGUUAAGGAGCUGAACAUUGAAAAUGCUUCCUAAGUGUUCUAAAGUGGCCAUCAGUAAGAGCGUUUGGAGAAAUAAUUUUCUACAUCCUUCUGUAAUGUGCUCUCUUCUCUACCGAGCAUCGUGCUGGAUUUCAAAUUGAAGAUUCUCCAGCAAGAGUCAUGCUUCCUUUUCUUAUAAGUAGGUCUUGCUAUCUCUAGGCUGUAUUUGUUCU